CGAGAAAACCUUUUUGCUGCUCAUUUUGCACCGAUUAACGAGUUUCUAUUCGUGAUCCAUUCUGUCAGUGUUACAGAAAAAUAAACUCUUAAAUUUGAAGUUAUAAUGAUACUGAGAAGACUUUAAACGGAAAAGGAUUCAGAGAAGUGACUUGCUGACAUUUUUUUUAAAUCUCUUUUUCCAUUAUGAAUAGCUUCCAGUUAGGAGUAAUAUGUCUUUACGCGUUGGCUUUUGGAAGGCUUGCUUAUGGUCAAGCGGAGAAAGGUGAACGUUUUCUGUGUACUGUUAUACCCAUCGGGUCUGACAGUUGCCCGGUUCCACCGGAGCCGUUACAGACAUCCUCGGCUCAAGAAGAGGAGCUGCGAAACACCGUAAUGCAGCUCCGUGAAACCAUACUUCAGCAGAAAGAAACCAUCGUCAACCACCUGGGCACCAUAAAGGAGUUGACAUCUAAACUAACUCUUUGCGAGUCCGCUUCCGAUGACUCCGGUUCAUGGAGGAAAAUCAAGCAGGACACGAUGGACGAUGUCCCUAGGGAUCCUAAUGACACCGUUUACAAUUUGGGAAAGACCAUGCAAACUCUUAAAGACCGCCUUGAGAAUUUAGAGCAACAGCAGAUGAGAGCCAAUGUGUCCGGGGCCUCCUUCCCCAACGAGCUGCGUGACUUGCUGCAGAGUCGCCUAGGUGACCUGGAGAGUCAGCUUCUGAAGAAAGUGAACGAGCUGGAAGAGGAGAAGUCGCAGCUGUACAACGAGACAACGGCCCAUCGGCAGCAGACGGAGAACACCCUGAGCGCUCUGAUGAACCGGAUCAAAGAGCUGGAGAAAGGCAACAAUGGCUUCCGUUCCCCCGAGAAUUUCAAGCUGUCCCUCCCCCUACGCACUAACUACCUGUUCGGCCGCGUGAAGAAGAGCCUACCUGAGAUGUAUGCCUUCACAGUCUGCAUGUGGCUCAAGUCCAGCUCCUCACCUGGCAUUGGGACCCCCUUCUCCUACGGGGUACCAGGACAGGCCAAUGAGAUCGUCCUCAUCGAGUGGGGCAACAACCCUAUCGAACUCCUCAUCAAUGAUAAGGUGGCCCGGCUGCCCUUGUCGGUGAAUGAUGGGAGGUGGCACCACAUCUGCAUCACCUGGACCACCAGAGACGGCCUGUGGGAGGCCUACCAGGAUGGGCAGAGAGUGGGCACUGGGGAGAACCUGGCCCCCUGGCACCCCAUCAAGCCGGACGGAGUCAUCAUCUUGGGCCAGGAACAGGCCUGUCGUUUAUGGCCUCAACAGGACAUCGUGGGCGGCCGCUUCGACGCCACCCAGGCCUUUGUGGGCGAGCUGAGUCACUUCAACAUCUGGGACCGUGUCCUGCGGCCCCAGGACGUGCUGGGCAUGGCCAACUGCACCAGCUACAUGCCGGGCAACAUGGUGGCCUGGGCCGACAGCGAUGUGGAGGUGUUCGGUGGAGCCACCAAAUCCCCCGCCGAGCUGUGCGAGGACCGGCUCUUCAGUUCCUAGAGGGCUGACACACACAGAUAUUAAACUGGGUGACUAACCAUUCAGACGACAUCUAUUGAAUUAUGAAGCAAAUGUUUUUAUGUCUCGAUUGUUUAUAGUUUAUUGUUUUUGUCUGUCGGAGGCUUUGGCAGGUCCUGGGGGGCUGGCCCAAAAUUAUUUUUGUAAAUAUUUCUUUUUGCCAUUUACAAAUCAUUUAUUUAUUUAUUUAGGACUUUAAUUUCAACAUCUGCAAAUACACAAAUGGAAAUGACCCAUGCAUAAUGUUGCUAUUUUAAUGUCAACUAAAAAUAGUUUAGGGUUGGGCAUCACACGCUGUGGUGGCUGUCGGCAGAUUUGUCACGAAACAUGUUUGCUUGUCUCGUGGGUCAAAGGCUGGCAGAUUAAACAGAACAGGAAUUAGAGCCAAGAUGGGGUUGUCUGAGGCCAGUACCCAAGGCUUAGUGUGAAAGCAGGGUGACAAAUCAAUUAAACUGAAAUAUGCCUGAGGCCAGAGUAAACACCAGUCCACCAGCAUGUCUCUCCAGGAAUUCGAUUGUGUUAUUAAGAUGAGAGAAAAUUGUGAACCUUUGUUUUUGUUACUGUUGUCAAUGCUGAAAUGUUGAAUGUAAAUUUUUUGAUAACUAACAUCAAGAGUUGACCAUUACAAGGCACUCUGAUUAGGAAUGUGACACCAGGGAACCUCUUUGGCAGGAGCCGAUAGGAGGACACGGGGUGGUAUGUUGUGUACUUAAAAGAUUAACUUCCAAAACCUGUGCACUUGACAGAGUAAACCAAGUGUGCUGCAGUGUGCACAGGAUGUUCCUUAAUGUUCAAUUCGGCCACAAUGGUGGUCAGUCUCACAUACCCAGAAUCCUCUCAGAAUGAAACCCAUAACAAGCACCUGUGUGGUGGCGCACGGCUGAUAUAUUAUUCAGGGUUGGUGGCAUUGGUAAGAGCAGAUACAUACAUACAUAGUAAGCAGGUGAAUGUAAAAUAAUGAGGAUAUUGAAAAGUCAACCCUGAGUUCAUAUUUGCAGUGUGCUCUGGCUGGUGGGCUGCUCCUCUUCCCAAACAUGGCAACUUUACCACUACUAAUCUCUGUGCAUACUGUUCUUUGUUUUGUACCUGGUUUGUAUUUAGAUUUACACUUCAUUUGUGUUUAAUUUCCUCUUAAUUGUGUUCUUUGUGUAUUUAGAGAAGUCCGUCAUUUGUUCAAGCCCCAUGUCAGUCUCAUACGUGUUGUUUCAUUGAAAUGCCUUCUUAGACGUUUAAGUGCCAAGGGUACUAUUCACACAGGUGGAACUGACACAAAAUAGAAGUGUGGACUUACCAGCCCAGCUAAACAAUGGUAAAAUGGUAAAAUUGAUUUAUUAUUGAUUUAUUUUGUAUAUUGAGGACUUGCUGUGUCUUUUAUCCAUCUUAGAAUGUUUUUAUUGUUUGUCUCGAAAUGCUUUUGUGAUUUGUGGCAAAAGUAAAAAAAAAAGUUUACCACAUGAACUUUGCAUCCAGUUUGAAUUACAAAAGCGUGUUCUCUUAAAGGUUCCGUCUACCCAUAUCAUGCCU